CGUGUGCGAGGUUGCAUUUGCUGACUCGGUGGGCAGAAGAAAAUUGCGUUUUUCGCAGCGAAAUCGGUUCCGUUUCCGGCGUAACUUGGUGUGACCGCGUACUUCCGACCCCGGGCAGUGACGAGUGCGUGAAAUUCCGGUGAAAAACGGUGCGGAAAGAGUCAGCGAAGAAAGUGUGAUUUGAACGAGUCGGAAGCCGGAACAACCUACGGAAGAAAACAGCCGGAAUAAUUCUUGCCUUAAAUCAGUGCUCGACAGUAACUAAAAGUGAGAUCCUCCUACGCCGGCUACGCCCCCACCAUACGCGCACAUGUAUGUACGAAUCUGGCCAGUUCCCGGAGGUCGGCCACUGCAGUGAUAUCUUGCGGUCAUCAAUAAAAUACGCCCGUGCGGUUUUGGGAAGAAGUUUUGAUAAACCACACACAGUGCCAGUGCUCGUCGUGGAAGCCAAGUCGAAAUCGUUCAAGUGAGUCGUGCUAAGUGAAGAAGUGAAGACUUCCCCCCGUGGUGUGUGUGUGCGCGCGCGUGUAAAAUGUUCAGCCCGGACUAUGAGAAACGGAUUCUGAAGCACUGCAGUCCGGUAGCGCGUAGUCUCUUCAACGGCGGCGAAUCCUCCUCGUCGCUGGACCGGUUCAUCCCGUGCCGAGCAAACAACAACUGGCAGACCAACUUUGCCUCGCUCAGCACCAAAUCGAACGAAAACUCGCCCCAGUCGAGCAAAAAGCAGCGCGACUGUGGGGAAACCGCCCGCGAUAGUGUCGCGUACAGUUGCCUGCUCAAGAAUGAGCUGCUCGGCACCGGCAUCGAGGACGUCAAAUCCGUCGCCGAGGACAAGAUCGGGCUGCUGUCCAACAGCAACCGGCCCGGCCUGUUCAAGUACCAGUCGCCGACGAAGCAGGACUACAACGAGCAGUGCCCGUACUCGCUGUCCCCGGUUAGCAUCAAGAGCCAAAAGUUGCUGCGCUCACCGCGCAAGGCCACACGCAAGAUCUCCAAGAUCCCGUUCAAGGUGCUGGACGCGCCCGAGCUGCAGGACGAUUUCUACCUGAACCUGGUGGACUGGUCCGCGCAGAACGUGCUGGCGGUGGGCCUGGGCAGCUGCGUGUACCUGUGGAGUGCCUGCACCAGUCAGGUUACCCGGCUGUGCGAUCUCAGCUCGGACGCCAACACCGUCACGUCGGUCUCGUGGAGCGAACGGGGGCACCAGCUGGCCGUCGGAACGCACCACGGCUAUGUCACCGUGUGGGACGUGGCCGCCAGUAAGCAGGUCAACAAGCUGCAGGGUCACUCGGCCCGCGUCGGAGCGCUAGCCUGGAACGGAGACGUCCUCUCGAGCGGGUCUCGGGAUCGCCUGAUUAUGCAGCGGGACACGCGCACCCCGGCCCAGGUCUCCGAGCGACGUCUCGUUGGCCACCGGCAGGAGGUGUGCGGCCUCAAGUGGUCCCCGGACAAUCAGUACCUGGCGAGCGGGGGCAACGACAACCGCCUGUACGUGUGGAACCAGCACUCGUCCAACCCGGUCCAGUCGUACUCGGAGCACAUGGCCGCGGUGAAAGCGAUCGCGUGGUCACCCCACCAUCACGGACUGCUCGCGAGCGGAGGCGGUACGGCAGAUCGUUGUAUUCGCUUCUGGAACACGCUCACCGGCCAGCCGAUGCAGUGCGUCGACACCGGAUCGCAGGUUUGUAAUUUGGCCUGGUCCAAGCACUCGUCCGAGCUGGUGUCCACCCACGGUUACUCCCAGAAUCAGAUCCUCGUGUGGAAGUACCCGUCGCUAACGCAGGUCGCCAAACUGACCGGCCACUCGUACCGAGUGUUGUACCUGGCACUGAGCCCCGACGGGGAAGCCAUCGUAACCGGGGCCGGGGACGAAACGUUACGCUUCUGGAACGUGUUCAGCAAAGCCCGCAGCCAAAAGGAGAACAAAAGCGUCCUCAAUCUGUUCACCAACAUUCGAUAGAUGUGCGCGCGCGUUCGCCACCAACGAUGCUUCCAAGUUACUAAUUUAUUACCAUCCCACACGCCCUUUUUACGUGCGCGCGCUCUAGUGUAUAUUUUUGUAGUUAUAUUAUUAUUUUUUUCUUUUAGAAGAAAUAGAAUCAGAAUUCAGAGUAGAGAUUUAUAUUUGUGCAGCAAUGAGAGCGGAUCGAGAGUGUUUUGAUAUUUUGAAUUGAUUUAAAAAAAACACACACACAAACACAGUUUUUGAAGCGGAAGAAAUUAUGCUUUCGACCGCACCAGCAAAAAAAAAAGUCGUGAGUUUUAUAUUUUGCUAAUUGAAUAAAAAAAAAGUUUGUUUUGAUUAGUUUUUAAGAAUUUGCUCGUUUCUCUUGCAAAACUGUGGCCGAACAAGAACUUGAACUGCUUCCCCAGUCAUCCAUCGUCACUGUGAUCGAUCGGGGGAACAGUUUGACCGGUUCGGCCGAAAGCAGGUUCGCAAUAUCCGAGUGGAUGCGGUACUGAUUUGUUUUCAAAACAAAAUAUAUAGAUAAUUUAAAUAUUUAAACGUAA